CGGUGGGACCAGAGAAGGUCUCCUCUGUGACGUCAGAGCUCACGCUGGCUCGGAGUUGCCCCAAGGCCCAGCUCAUUCCGUUUCCGGCCGGUUGCCCCGGAGACUGGGGUACACAAACUCGCCCACACAGUCCGGAGCUAAGUGGGCAGAGCCUGGGGUCCUGGAAGAGAAGAGCUUGGCAGUCUUUAGUCCCGAAAUUCCAGGGAAGCAAAGGGCACCAUGAGCCAAAGGCAGGUGCUCCAAGUGUUCGAACAGUACCAGAAGGCUCGGACUCAGUUCGUGCAGAUGGUGGCAGAGUUGGCAACCAGACCCCAAAACAUUGAGACGCUACAAAAUGCAGGUGUAAUGUCUUUGCUGAGGCCGCUUCUCUUGGAUGUUGUCCCAACUAUUCAGCAGACUGCUGCCCUGGCUCUUGGGCGACUGGCUAAUUAUAACGAUGACUUGGCAGAAGCUGUCGUAAAGGGAGACAUUCUUCCGCAGCUCGUUUAUUCAUUGGCGGAACAGAAUCGUUUCUACAAGAAAGCAGCAGCAUUUGUACUAAGAGCUGUUGGCAAACAUUCUCCUCAGUUAGCUCAAGCAAUAGUUGAUUGUGGAGCAUUGGAUACAUUGGUUGUAUGCUUGGAAGAUUUUGACCCAGGAGUAAAGGAAGCAUCAGCUUGGGCCCUUGGGUACAUUGCAAGACAUAAUGGAGAACUGUCGCAAGCUGUGGUGGAUGCAGGAGCAGUUCCCCUUUUAGUACUCUGUAUCCAGGAGCCAGAAAUUGCUUUGAAAAGGAUUGCUGCCUCAGCUCUCAGCGAUAUUUCCAAGCAUUCUCCAGAGUUAGCCCAGACAGUGGUGGAUGCAGGAGCUAUUGCUCACCUAGCACAGAUGAUCCUGAACCUUGAUGCUAAACUGAAGCGUCAAGUGCUUUCUGCUCUUAGUCAGAUAGCAAAGCAUUCGGUGGAUCUGGCAGAAAUGGUUGUCGAAGCAGAAAUUUUCCCUGUGGUUCUUACAUGCCUAAAGGACAAAGAUGAAUACGUCAAGAAAAAUGCUUCAACUCUAAUUAGAGAAAUAGCAAAACAUACGCCUGAGCUUUCACAACUAAUAGUUAAUGCAGGAGGAGUUGCUGCUGUGAUUGAUUGUAUUGGUUCCUGCAAAGGAAAUAUAAGGCUUCCUGGCAUUAUGAUGCUUGGUUAUGUAGCUGCUCAUUCUGAGAACCUCGCCAUGGCAGUGAUCAUCUCCAAGGGAGUGCCCCAGUUGGCAAUCUGCUUGUCAGAAGAAUCAGAAGAUCAUAUUAAGGCUGCUGCUGCUUGGGCCUUAGGACAGAUUGGAAGGCACACUCCUGAGCACGCACGUGCUGUGGCUGUGACAAAUGCCUUGCCGAUUCUACUGAGUCUCUACAUGUCACAAGACAGUUCAGAGGAUCUUCAAAUAAAAAGUAAAAAAGCUAUUAAAAAUAUUCUCCAAAAAUGCACCUAUUUGCCAGCCCUUGAGCCAUUCUUGUAUGAUGCUCCUCCGAAUAUUUUGAAGCAUGUUGUUGGACAGUUCAGUAAGGUGCUGCCCCAUGAUAGCAAAGCACGGAGACUUUUUGUUACAAGUGGUGGUCUUAAAAAGGUUCAAGAGAUAAAGGCAGAACCUGGUUCUCUUCUUCAAGAAUACAUCAACAAUAUUAACAAUUGUUACCCAGAGGAAAUAGUGAGGUGGGAAAGAUGGAAUUCUAGUGAUUUACAAUUGCAACAUUGUUAUGUUCUUUUCAGACUUAUAUUUUCUAUUCACUGCUUCCACCUGGGGAAUCUGAUAUGUUGUGUGUGAUCUAUGUAUGAAUCUCCUUCCUCUUCUAACCCCUUCUUUUAUUUGUCAAAAAUAUUUUCUUUAAAAAUCAUUCAUAUGGCAACGUGAUCAUGUGCCUAUUUAAACAGACCUUGACUCACUUAGUGUGUGUUCCAUAAGUAGUACCCUGAACGUAUCAUGAAAAUUAAAUGAAUAAAGGACAUAGUAGGGUGAA